AUGGACAAGAAGAGCUCUGCCUUCACCAUCGAGCGCAUUCUGAGCGCGGAGAGCUUGGAGAAGCCCUCGGGCCCCGGAGCCUGCGAGGAGCAAGGGGCCCCUGAAUCAGAGGCGGUGGAUCAGACGGACGUCCGGUCGAGCUGCUGCUUCUGUUCACGCUGCGGAGAGAUCCUGAACACGGCGGCGAGAUCCAUGAACACGGAAGGAAUUUGGGGAAAGCGGAUGUUCACGGAGACGUGUUCGGCGGCCGGAGCUCACGGCAGGGAAAGCUUCAGUCACGUUCAGAGGAGGGUCCGGCGCCACCGCACCAUCUUCACAGAAGAGCAGCUGGACGCUCUGGAGGACCUGUUCAGACAGAACCAGUAUCCAGACAUCAACACCCGCGAGCAGCUGGCCCAGAGAACACACCUGAGAGAGGAGAGAGUCGAGGUGUGGUUUAAAAACCGAAGGGCGAAAUGGCGGCGACAGAAGCGUCUUCCGUUCAGCCUGCGAGGAGCAGACGACUGGAGCACAGCGCUUCACAGCGACUGA